AUGUACGAUACUGAAAAAGUUGUCAUUUGGAAGGUUGUAGUAAGAUCUUUUGGUCUUGGGAUAGUAUUGGCUAUUUGUAGUAAUUGUUUACUUCUCGGUUAUGAUAUUAAAUUGUCAUUAUAUGGAAUAUCACUAGUUAUAUUCCACCUCCUUGAAUUCUUGAUCACUGCUAUAUGUAACAGUUCCCAGUUGGAAGAUGACUCGUUCAUCCUUCAUGACUAUCAAUUGCUACUUGUAAAUGUUGUCAGUGCUUUGGAAUACGUUGUUUAUAAAUAUUUUGGCUUUGAACUGAAUUGGAGACAACUUUUCGCUGGAUCAGUCUUGGUAAUAGUAGGUCAAGUAUGUAGAAGUAUGGCGAUGAUCACAGCAGGUGAAUCAUUCAAUCAUUACAUCCAACGUUCUAAGAAUGAAACCCAUGUCUUGGUGACUGAUGGAAUUUACCUGGUGUCUCGUCAUCCUAGUUAUUUUGGAUUCUUUUGGUGGUUUAUUGGUUUACGGAUCUUUUUAGGUUCUUGGAUCACUCUUGGUUUCGGAGGUUACCAGAUUUGGAAUUUUUUUAACCAAAGGAUUAAAUUUGAAGAAGGAUUACUUAUGAAGUUCUUCAGUGAUUAUGGAGAUUACAGAAAGAAGGUAUCUAUCGGUAUACCUUUCAUUUACCCUGAAGAAAUAGAGGAAGAUGAAGAAGACGAGAAAGAAGAAGAAACUAAUAAAGAUAAGUAA